GCACACCAAGUUCGUGCUGGAAGUCGCGUUUCGCGCUAGAGGCGACGGACAUCCCAAGUACUACUUCUAGACGAGGCCGAAAGAUGAAGAUGAGUAUGCAACUUUCUCCACACGACGACGUCCCUGCUGCAUGAAGAAGAAGAUGUUGAAGGUGAAUAAUACCAGCGUGCAGCUUGUUGGAGGCGCGCGGUCGGCGCCCGGCGUUAAGGCCGGCUCCGUGGACGCGGGUCCCCUGAUGAAGACGAAGCUCAGUCGUGUGGUUUCUUUGCACAAGACAGGACACGGACAACAUUUUCCAGAAGGCUGUGUAGUUACCGAUAGAAAUAUCAAGCGCAGCAGCACCUCCACGCUCGUCCCUGCCUCGUCUUCAACGAGUUCUACUUGUUGUAGAAGUACUGUGGCAGCAGCAGCACGUUUUUUAGCCGCGCCGCGGGGAAGAACAAGUUCGGCGUCCUGUCCCCGUCCACCGUGGUCGCAUGCGGAUCAUAAUGAUCCUCUUGUCCUCUCAUCUUCAUCAGACUUGUUUCUCCGCCACCAGGUUGUAGUACGAGGGUACAGUAGUUCUACUCCGCUUCAUAGUUCGAGUUCGAGAGCAGCAGAAGGGACGUCGUCGCCCUCGUCGUCCCAACAAGUGGCGGAAAGAACACGCUCGGACAGGAAGAGGAGCAUGACCUGCGACGUCGAGGAGAGAGAAAAACAUCAGGAGGUCGAGGACGAGGGCGUUUCAUUAUCGUUUACCCGCGCCGAUGCGAUCAGUCCGGACGAAAUUGACCAGUACGAAGAGCACCCGAUGGCGGGCACUGGAUCCCAUUUGACUACCGAAGCCAUUCUCGGCGGGUACGACGAAGAAGUUCCCGAGCACUUGGUACAUGAGGCUGAGGACGACGAUAACAUGAACACCGACGAACCGGAAUCCUUGAUUGUGCAGAGACGGUUGCCGUGGCAGGUGCGGAAGCAGUUCAUGCACAAGUACCAGGUGAAAGAGGCGAACCGGCAGGACGCCGCGAAUGGAGGCCACAGUAGUACAACUUCGGCGUUGUUGGACCUGAAAACGACCUCCUGCCCGGCUUUCGGGUACAGGCCCCGCCCGGUCGUGAAGAAACUGUGGUAUUUCCUGGAGGACCGGGACCGAUCGGGGAUCCGCGGGACGGAAACGUGGCACACGAAGCCUGCCUGUCACGCGUGGAACGACCUGAUGCUGCAGACGUGGCGGGACCGGGAGGGCUUGGUGGCCCAGGAUUGGGCGCACGUGCUGAAGGCAGUCGUGGAGUACGUUUACGAUGUGGAUGAGAGGCAACUGCUGAGUAGUGGCGUUGCGAUGGCGACCACGCCGUUGGGAAGUGCAACAAGUGCCGGUGAAGAAAAGCUAAAGCAGCUCGCGACAACAUCAAAAGAGGGAGUUGACAGUGUGAAACAGGUUUUUACAGCUUCUACACCAGCUUGCACUGCUAGAGCGCCCCCGGGAUCUUGUACUUUUUCAUCCAGUAUGUCUUCAGACUCAAACUUGACGUCCGCUCCAGAAGUACUAGACGGCACCAUAUUGAAGACCGAGGAGAACAAUGACAGAGUGACGGUCGCGUCAGCCGCGUUCUGUUCCACGACAAAUUUUCACCCAACAGAUGCACCAAAUGUUGAAGGCGAGCAGUGGGUGGAGGCCGCGGAAAAGUCCGCGGCGUCGCUCUACAAUCCCUGGAACUACGACCAGGAUGGUGCAGUACUAGAUGACAACGCACAGAUCCUUUUUGAUAAGGCCAGUAUUGCCGAUGCGCCGCUCGCGACCGCGGCCGAUGCGGAUGACUUUGAAUUCAAAAUCAAGGACAAGAGCCGAAAGCAGGUAAAAGGUUCCAGGUUCACAUGGUACGAGUUGCCAGAGCACAGGAUGAACGCGGCGUCUUCAUCGCAGCAGGGAAGGAGUUACAACAAUAGCGGCCGCGGAGGAGCUCCUACUCAGCCACGCGGGCGGAAAAGCAAAAAGAAUGGAACUGCAACACAUUUUGACGCCGAUGAUGGUCGCAGUGUCGCGAGGCCAGAAGUAGAUUUGUUGAGCGUAGAAGUUGUAAAAAAUAAAUCCCCGCAGCAGGAGGAGCAAACGGAGGGAGAUACAGAAGCCGAGAAUUAUGUUGAAAAACCUGAAAUAGAUGACGCAGCAGCUGCACCAAGGCAUGCUGACCUCAACGAGUCCUAUGCAGCAUGCAGUGGCACGACGAAAAUAAAGCCGGAGGGAAAGAGAAGAACUAUCGAAGACGAUAAUGCAAAUCAUGCUCGUAAAGACGAUAAUGCUCGUGCCGACAGCAACAGCACCAACAGCAGAGGUACGACCACGGAGGACUUCACCAUGGUCCGGCGGUACCGGCACAGCAUGGCGACGUGGCACAUUCCGGACUCGAUCCCGGAAAAACUCCUGCGCGACGGCGCCAGGACGCUGAAGGAACGGCGCGCAACCCGGCGGGCGAAGCGGCUGGCGCUGAGCAAAACGUACCUCGACCUCCCGCUCGCCCGGGCGGUGCUGCAGAAAGCGCUGGAAUCGCUGGCGACGAACGCCGCGCACAUCACGUCGGUCCGGACGGCGGCCCACUUACUGAUCACCGCAGAUUUGCUCGAAAAACUGGGUUAUCCUGUGCAAAAGUUGUACUGUACUAAUUGUAGAAAUCGUAUGACAAUAAACACAAAUUAUUUUCUAAAGCAUGAGAGCCGGAGUUUGAUGUAUAGGCGAAUUGACGUUUAGGUUUAAGAAAGUGAAAGGGAUUUGCAAUGCAGUCUUACUUUUUGUACAAGUGCGUUACUUUUUCAAUGCAUUGGCGGCAAACGUCGGAACACCUGGACAAAAUCACGCAAAUCCAGGGUGCGGUCGUGCAACUGCUCGGCGACCUAUGAGAGUGCACAACUGACUCCUACUCAUCUUCAUUUUUCAUGCCAAAAGCCGGACCCACACCCAGUGCUUGCUCCUUCUUGGCACUGUUUGCAGGACGACCGGUUUAUUUCGCAGCCCGAACGGCAGUACAAUCUCGCGUCAGUUUCUGAAUUUCAAAACCUGCAGGCUAAGGCCGCUUUUUGACGGCGAGUUCAGGCACCACAAAUGAGGGUGGAGGCUCAAGUUGUGCACUCUCAUACGAUCGGCUCGACCUUUCGGAGGAAGCUGACAUUACGCGGUUCGAGUACAUGAAGCGACCGCAGACGGUGCUGCUCCGGCGCAAACGAGGCAAAAACGCAGUGGAGAACAUGGAGUACCCGGGAAAAAUGAACCGCUUUAUGAAAAAUGCAAAGAAAUAAAGUGUCCUCGGUCUAAUCGGAUUAGUCAUGUUGAUUGUGAUGCUGGUUCAGCUAGUACGCAUUAUUUUUGCAAACGAAUUCGAAAAUACAGUAAACUUUACGCCUGGAUUUUUGCACUGCUGCAUACGCCUGGAUUUUUCCCAGCUCUGUUUUGUCUACAAAACCAUCGCGCGCAGAAGUGCCCACACCCACAACCACACGAACAUUCUGGUCCAGAACUGGACGGAGUCGUUGGCCGCGCGACUCCGGUUUGAGAAGACCGUGGAUCCCCGCGCGUGUUUUUCCAUCGCUAUCGCACGAAAAAACUGUUUCACUGUGGUGAUUUUGCAAAAUCUGCAUCACAAGUUUGUUACGCGUGACACUAAAAAUCUGUCAUGCGGGGUUCCUAAGGGAAAACACAGCUAAAAAUCCAUUGUCUUGCAUGUGGGGCAUGAUACACACUUAUGCGAUCCAUUUUCUGCAUCACAAGUUCACAGUGAAGCAGUUUUUUCUUGCGAUAAUCGCCCACGCCUGGCUACUGUUGAAUCCGGCCGCUUGGGGGCCGACGAUGAAACUGAAAGAGGACAGAGAAAAUUAUAACCAAAACUACUCUAGUACGUCUACUUCGGCUGCUAGUACUAGCAGUGGCACAACUACUAGAACUACUUCUAGCAGUAGAACAACAUCAUUUGUACCUUCCUCCAAAUCUAAAAGAGUUGAUUUUAUCAAGAACAGCGGGCUGCUCUACCUAGCGGCCUUGGGCGUGGAGCGGUCGAUUCGGAAUCGACUUCCGGUUUCUAUCGUGGACGCUCUGUCCGCUUUCGAGUGCUUCGUCGUCUGCAAUCCCGUGUACCCGAAAUUGCGGCAAAAAGUGCAGGAGUUCACGGUGUCCUUGCUGCGCGACCUGCCGGCAAAUUUGCUGUACACGCAGAUUUAUCAAAUGUAAAAGUGUCUGGGUCUGGAAGAAUGCAUGUUUGUCAUGCUUGUCUGGCAUGACUCUUAAAUCUGUCAUGCACAUUGCCCAAGAGAUCUUUUUCUCUGUCAUGCGGAGACGCAGUUUGUCAUGCAGAAUAGGCAACGCCUACGAGCUCAGAAAUUUGUCAUGCUGAGCCAGCACUUGUGGCCUCCUCAUGCUACGCCACUCAGCAUCACAAAUUUCCAGACCCAGACAUUUUUACAUUUGAUAAGAUUUUGGUUCUGCGGAAGGACGCGCCGAAGUUGGGCACGGUGUCGAGCUAUGAAGUGCAAAAGUAUCGUACUCGUAUAAAUGCAUUACAAAUUUACUCAGCAUGAGAAAUAUAAUCUGUGAUGCUGAUUUGCCUUGGGAACAAGAUUUGUAAUGCAAGACUUGCACUUAUACGAGUAGGAGUGCGAUACUUUUGCACAGGAUACGAGCGCGCCCCUGCGGUUGCUGCGCGACAUCGCCGAGGAGCGGGAAGUAGCCCGUGCAAAAGUAUCGUACUCGUAGUAAUUGCAUUCAUGCACCAUUACAAAUCUCUUUCUCAAGGCAAAUCAGCAUGCUGAUUCAUUUUGUAACGCUGGGCUAAUUUGUAAUGCAAUUUAUAGUAGUACGAUGCUUUUCCUUUUGCAUUGCAUAGGAAGUUUUGGUGGUUUCUGAUCGUGGUGCUCGUCCUGGGGACGAGGCAGAGGAUGUCACGUACUGCGCGGAGGUCGUCGUGUAGUAGACUGUGACGAGGACAGUGGAUAGAAAGUUCAUUUAUGAAAAUUCAGGAUGAAUGUGUAUGUGCAAGGAAGUAGUGCAACCUCGACGUAAAAGGAGAACAUCUUCAAAUGAACAAUUUCGAGGGACGAGCAGGUGCAGGCGACCGCUUGUAGUUUACAAAAGCGCAUGAGCAUGACGCUAAAAGUAUCUCUCGUGCUCGCGAAAGCGCAGCCGGAACACUUGGAGAGGACGAUGCUGAAAGUGAACAACUCCCGGUCUUCGUUACUCGGACGUUGAUGAAAUCGAAACCACAAUGAAAUGAAGACGUCGAAACGAAGACGACAAUCACAUCUAAUGAGCAGUGCCUAUUGUGAAUAUCCUCUUUAGAUGUUCGCUUCAGUGCCGGAGAGAUUUGAAAUGAAGUGAGAGACUCGCCGCACGACGAGAGGAAACGGAAUAACUCGGGCAAAGUUUUUGUGGGUUGCAAACAGCACAAAUCGGAUUCGUUUGCUUAAGGUUUUCCGUUUCAUCACGAGUGCAAAUAAAAAGAGAGCUUUGCUUUCAUCUUCAAUCGUUUUGCUUCUCUUCACCAAAACACAUCAAUGAGCCCUCUUUUCACCCAGCCUCGUGCGCGUGUGCGUGUGAUGGUAUUCGUGGCUCAAGCCACUAACUUGCUGCAAGCUGUAAGUUGACAAGUCUGAAAAGAAUCAAAAGCAAAUGUCUCCAAUUCACCUUGGGUGAGUUUUCUCUUCCUCUCAAAACAAAACCUGUUCCUGCGGCGAAUCACGAGCGGAGUGCGCAAAGAUCUUCGGCGCUGAUCAAGAGCAUCCAGAUCUUGGAUCACCUUAAAAACAGUGGUAGGUAGCGGAGUAGCAGGCUUGCUACUCUUUAUCACUCGGAGCGGUCUUCGCCUUCGAGUUAGCCAAGGAGCCCAAGCGAGCUUCGACGGUGAUCCGGGGAAGUGGCGAUCUCGUCUUCUGGCGAGUCUAUGGGCGGAAGCAGUCCGCCGGGUCUGGAUGAAGUCAUGAUGACGUCGGAAAUCGAACCCGUGUUCCAGGGGAGUCCGGGAACCGCAGAGGAACCGGAGCCCUCCGCUGGAGCCGCAGGAUCCGGAAAAACGGCCUCUUCCUCUUUCGCGAUUGUGAAAGUCCAGAACGUUCCGCCGUCGCCACCGGGACCGCCGGAACAAUACAGCAUGGCGACGUCCAGCAGUGGCAAGAGCGACGCCGACGGGUGGAAGGUAGUCACUUCUAAGCGGCCGCGGACGGACUACGCGUACGAUCCCAGCGUGCAGAACGGGAAUUGGGGCGCGCAGAACGGAAAGGGAAAUCGCAGAGGAAAGAGCAACAAUCUCGCCAAUAACAAUGGGGGAAAGAACAAUCAGCAAAACUCCUCGAAAAAUGGAGUGACGGACCGCGAGUUGAUCAUGAACACCGGAAGGAAGGAUGCUGCGCAACCGAGCCAACGUCCUCGGUCGCCGGUGCGGUCCACGAGCUGCACGAAGCCGACAAUUUGCAGGGUGAGAAGAUUGAUCAGGUUGCAGGAGCUGCUAUCCACUUGAACCAGCAGCAGCAACAGCAAGAGGGAGCGAUCAGUCGCAUCGUCAAAGCUGGAACAGAGCUGAGCCAUCAGUCGCAACAACAGGCAAAACAGCAUGAACAAAUGAUGCAGUUUUUGCAGCAGAUGCAGGAAUCCCAGCAGAAGCACUUGGCGAACAGCACCAGUGCCUUGCGACGGGAUGGCGAGCAAAUCGCCGAGUCGUUUAAGAAGAUCGAAAACGACAUGGCGACGAUGGGUGCAAAUUUUGCCAAUCAGCUUAACCAGGCAGCAGCAGCAGUCCGUGCGCGAGGAAUUUGUCGCGAUGGAACGGAAGUUCACCGGACUGGUCGGGGAGCUGAAAAAUAGUCAGGAUGAGACUAAGGCGGAAAUGUCCAGUGACAGCGAGGAAUUCCGCCGGCAGAUGGAGGAACUGCGGAGCGAGGAAGUAAAUAGGACGAACAUCCUCGAAGAGGCGCGGCCAUUGACGCAGAGUGCUUCUUCUUCCGCCAAUGCUAAUGCUGUUGAUGUGAAACAGAUUAGCGAGAACAUCGAGAAAAAGCUGCGGCUCGAAAUAACGAAGAAGAUGGAAGAAUCUUUAGAGAAAACAGUCGAGGUCAUGGGCGAGCAUGCACAUCGCGCGCGUCAGCGAACAGCAGCGGAUCAAGGAAGAAGAACAGCCCUGGCGCGGAGACUCCCUGCCAAAAAUCCUGAUCGACGAAAUGACCAACAAAGCCCUGGGUGCUGACAAAGGAUUCAACAACAAGGCUCCGGAAGGAUACGAAAUCAGCUCCACGAAGAAAGCCGCGCAAAAGCUGACGCCGCGGAUGUGCCGCGGCGGAUUUCUGAACGAAAAGCGGGAUAAUGAUGGAAACAUCAAGAGCAACAGCUUCGCGGGCACCAAGUUGAAUCUCCCUCCGAGGAAGAAAACUUUGAAGGAAAAGACGGGAAUUCCGAAUUUCGUCACCGGAGCAAAUCGAAUCGCACUCGGCGGACAACUAACUUCCAACAACUUGCAAAAGCUCGGUGGAAAGCAGCUGUCCGACGCCAACCCUUUUUCUCGUUUCCGUGACGACCCGAACGAAGAGGACAGCCAGAAACUUACCGGAAACCGCGGUGGAAACCACGGUGGAGGAUCCAAUGGAGGAUCUAGCGGUGGAAAUGGCGGUAACGGUGGAAACGGUAAUGGGGGUAACGGUAACGGUGGAAACGGGUAUGGCGGGUCCAAUGGCGGAUCCGAGGGUGGCGAUGACGGACAGAGCAGCUAUGGUGGAAAUCCGGGCGGUGGCGGAGGUGGAUCCGGUGGUCCCUCCGGUGGAAGUCCUUUUGGUGGAGAUCCCGAUGACGAGUUCAAGGGAGUUAUGGAAAAUGACAAAUUCCGCUUCACCAGGAUGGUGCUCGAGAGCGACUACGCCAUCGAGCACAACAUCAACAUCGCGGCCGGUGAAUCCGCGCCGGCGCACUAUGUGCUGUUGAUGAAGGACCGGAUGCCGGACUUCCCGCCGCCAACCAUCGAGAGCCACUCGAGCCUCUUCUCAUGGUUCCGGGCGAUGGAAUCGCACUUGAAGAAGCUGGCCAAGGAGUCGGACGGGACGCGCCGACUGUUUCCAUUCGAGUACGAGUCCCAGUUCAUCGAGGAGUUGGUGUACAAACUCGAUGAAGAUGCGAAAAAGGCAUCGAAGUUUGCCCGGUGCAUGAAGGAAGGGAUGAAGGCGAAUUUGCGACGGUGGAAGCUGAACAGAAGCAAGCGGGAAGCCUUGACGUUCCGGAAUUUGAUCGAGGUGAUGUACUCAAAGUACAAGUCGGGCUUCAUCAAAGGAAAAGAGGAAAGCGCGCGCUUCUACAGCUUCACCAUGAAAAAGGACGAAUCCGCCCGGGAGUGUUUGCAACGGUACUUCCAGGCGGCGGAUGACGUUGGUGUGAGUCUCAUCGGAAGAACCGUCGCCGCGAGGAAGCACACCUGGCAGCAGUUCCAGAUGAAGACGGGUAAGAACUGGCCGAAGAAGAUCACGGCGGAGCUCAUGUUUGAUCCCGAAUACCGGACUCCUUUCGUGCCGUACCUGGAGCGACUGCUGGAAUACCUCGAGCACAAGGAGGAAGCCGACGUUCUCCACUACCUCGCCGGGGAUGACACCGAAAAGGGGAUCGGGCUGGGUGAGCGCGUUCUGCCUACAGCCGAAGACAGCGACAAGGACUCCGAAAAAGACGGAUCUGAUGCUGAUGAAGAAGCUUUCGCUGCCAAGGUCGGAGGUGGAGGAUCCAGUUACAAGUGGGAUCCCGCCAAGCAGACCGGAAAGUGGCCAGUCCCGAAAAGGGGAAAAGGGAGCUGGGGCAGUGGAAAAGGCAACACCAACAAGGGUGGUAAGACGUUUACCCGCAAACGAACCAACUUCGGGAAGAAGCAGAUCCGGUGCAGGAAGUGCUUGUCAACCAAGCAUAAGACCGAGGACUGCGUCUACGAAGCCAGCGUCUGCUCGAUUUGUUUUUCUCCGGACCACAUGCGCGACCAGUGCAAGCAGAAGCCGACAGACAAGUUGUCGGUGCUGGUGGACAGCGAGGAUUUCAAGAAACAGAGCUUUGGGGAAAAGGUCAGCUUGAUCCUCGAAAUGUUGGCGCAGUGUGGGGAGGACGCGGGCACUCUGUUGCUCAGCGUGGUGAACAAGAAUGAUCAGGAGCGGUCCUUCAUCCUGAAUGAGCACGAUGAGAACCGGGAAAAGGAAGCCUGCUUGUGCAACGCCGAGAUCUUCUCCCGCGGGCAUGACGAUGGCAACGAGAUCUGCUUCCCGUGCGUGGACGGGAGUUUCCAAGCCUAGGGGCCCGGAACCCGCAGGAAAACUCGUCGACUAAUCGAAAAUCUGAAAAUGAAAAUUUCUCUUCGACGUCAGGGGAGACGACCGAGAAGAACCAAUUUUGUGUAAGCAAUUUCGUCAGUCAUGUUUUGAAUCGAGCUUCCUACGCCUGCAACUCCGUUGAGCCGACCAGUUUUGAAACUAUCACGGCGGCAACGGAAAUUUUGAAUAGUCCUUCUAUCAAACUCGAAUUCCGAGAAGUGCCAGAACUACACACGCGCGACAGCUUUCCCAUGGCCGACCCGGUGAAGAAUUCCUCGACCGGCGCGGCGGCUUUUCAAGUUACGACGAAACAUAACGAGGAAGCUUUGUUCACGACCGCAACACGGAUGGGCCAGAUCGAUAACGGUUACAACAGGAAGAUGUACAUUACCGAGCAGACAGCAGAAACCAACUCCGAAAAGGCCAAGGAGAGCAAUCUGCUGGUGCCCGAGGAGGACUGUCAGCAACAAAAGGCACAAGGAGUUGGGGGGUCGAAAAAGAAGAUCCUGAAGAGGGUGGCGCUUCCCUACAAGUUUACCACGAAAACGGGGGAGCUGUACUGCAUCGGGUUCGAGAAAGAUACCGUUACGGAUCAUGGUCCGAAUUUGAUUGGUUUAGAAACCCAGAAGAAGUGCUUUCUUUCGCAGCUCUGCCGUCCUGGACAGCCCGACGUGAUCCAAGGACACGACGGAAGCGCUAUCUGUGAUUUUUCCGAAGAACUUCAGAUCUACAAGGGCGUCUGUGAUUUUGAUGCACGGGACUGCCGCAUUUUCAUUUUGCGGGAAAUCCAGAAGAGAGCACCACAAGAAUUGUGGUGCCGGCCAGUGUUUGCGAAAGAAAUCAAGAAGAAGAAAACCGAUACGCGAGAAAACAAGUAUGAUUUUGACCCACUCACCAUCAAGCAGCGCGAGCGGCUCGCGAACGAAGGAGAAGUGAAACGAGAAGCAGCAAAUGUACUGGAAGAAAAUGAAGCUGCCACGCAGGUCCGAGAGGUAGAAGAGCCGCUAGAUGUGGAAACCGUGAUGGCAAUUGUGCAGCUCGAACGCGAGAAAGAGCGGCGUGCUGCCAUGCAGCAAGAGCCGGAGCCCGAGGCUGUUUGCCCUGAGGCGCGAACAACAGUGAUUAAUCUCAACAAUCGCCAGCGCUCCUGGGUCGACCGGCGCAGCGUGAAGAGGUGGGAAGAGAAGAAUCCCUUGCACUUCUACAUCGGACGCGGAUCAAAAUUCGGGAAUCCAUACCGAAUCGGAAUCGACGGCAACCGACGCGAAGUCUGCGAAAAGUGCAGAACCUGGCUGCACGAAUCCGGGAUGGUGGCAGAAGCCCGCCUUCUUCUGCCCGGUAAGGUUCUGGGAUGCUGGUGCUGGCCGAAAGAAUGCCGCGGGAGCGUGCUCGUGGAAGAAAUAGAAAAAGAACAAGCAGCGCCAACGCAAGUUGGUGGAGGUCACUGAGAGCCGCCCCCGGCGCCAGGCUUUUUAUUUUCCCGCUAUUUUUCCUACAGUCGGCGCUCUUGCGGGGGCGUGUGUUUCCUGUUUCAGUUUUUGUCUAAGUUCGUGUCUAAUUUCCUGUCUCAGUUUUUGUCUAACUUUUUGUCUAUUUUCCUGUCUAUUUUCCUGUCUAUUUUUCUGUCUAUUUUCCUGUCUAUUUUUCUUUUUAUUUUCCUGUCUAAUUUCUGUCCAAAAAGCGGCCUUGGCAGCUUCGGCUGCUGUCUAUUUUUUGUCUAAUUUGCCCAGCUUUGCAAUUUGCGUGCGAUUUUGCCUAUGUCGGCCGUUGCUCUGAAAUUUAGGCGCAAACUUAGAAAAUUUCGGGACGUGGUCAAGAACGGUUGAAAGGGCCGGCGGCGCAAUUGCUUCGUCACUGCGCCUUUCAGGCGGGUCGCCGGCGAUGGGCUCAAGCGUCUGCGUUCUGCAAGUCGCCCGCGCCCCGCCUGUGUCCCCAGCAAAGGCGGCCCGCCUCGGCCUAUUGCCCGGGGCGGGCUUGCUCGCCCAGGCUAGGGCUUGGGCGGUUCAAAAAAUAGCGGGAACUUAGGCAGUCGCCCGCCGGGGCUGGCUCUCCGCGAUGGAGGUUCCAGCAGCAGUGCUGCAGCGGGGGCAGCAAAGAAGAAGAAGACGAGCAGCCUAGUAGAUCACUUCUUGAACCCGGACGAAUCGGAGCAAGCCGAUUUGUGGACCGUGAGCGAAGAAUCUUUGCGGCGAACUGGCGACAACGGCGGGUACGGAGUGUGCCGAGUUAUAGACUUCGGUCUUGACCGUGUGCCGGCGACGCCCGAGUUUCUCCGCAACCGAGUACGCUUGAGGCGAGUCAUCGACGUGAGAAGACAAACGCGAGUAGUUGCUGAUUUACGAAACGACUGGAGCAAGCAGGAGCUGCUGGACAGUCGACCUGUUAUUCCCAACGGGAAGGACAGGUGCAUCAGCGUCGAUUAUUAUUUCCAUCUGGCAGAUGAUGCAGCCAACCAGGAAACAAUACAGCAAAAGGAGCGAAGUUUUCGACUCCGCGGCGCUUUGUCGAAUGAAUCGCGUCCCGUAGUUAAACCGGUUGUAGGGGAAAUUAACUACGGAUCCAUCGGGAGAGGAGUUAUGAAGUCCGGAGCGCACCAGAGGAAUAAACCAGGUGAGGUUUUGAUCAAGGACAGACUCCAAAUACCGGAGCGACUGGAUAGGGUGAAAGUCUACACGUGUAGGCACACCAACGACCUGCCGGCACCGAUGAGACACGCGGGAAAGAGGAUCCGCGUGGAUGAGGAGGAAGAAAUCCAAGCGAUGCUGGAGGAGAGUCCGGACCUGCGGAUCGAUACGCAGUCGAAAAGAAUUCGAACCGGAUUUCACCAAGAACUCAUCGAUGCGAUUCCUGAGGAAUUUGUGAAGCGGAUCGCCAAAGCAAUGCGGCUAGAACCGAAAAAGAAGCUGGCGCUGAUUGACGGGACGGGUUUUGGUCUAGCGGUUUCUGUCGGCGAGCGGUUGCGCUUGGCUGGACACGGCAACGAGGCAUACCACUCGAGCGCAGUGCGAGAGCUAUACGUUCAGAAGUGCAAGUUGUCUCCGAACGGUGAGGCCAUGAGGUACACCGACGAGGAACAGACGAGAGUGGAUGCGACCAUCUCCUGCCUUGCGGACAUCAGCGAAGAGGACCGACGCAAAGUGCGAGCUCUGCAGGAAGUGCUGUGUUUGAGUGGGAAAAUAGCCAGCGAGAAGGCCUGUCUGGAACAGAGCCGGCACCGUCUUAAGAACAUUCCAGAGGACAAGCUCAAGGAACUGGUCCUGCUGAUGAGACGAGACAGCCGCGCGCAGUUGCGUUACGGUCUAAAAGCACGAAACAAGAGUCAUGAUGGCUAUGACAUGUGUGUUGCUGCAGCAGAAGGAGGCAUCAGUUUGGUAGACACUACCUUCAUGACUGAAAGUGAUGUGAUUUAUACAGUAAUCGGCAUCAUGUCUCUUCCGGACAAACGCUCGGGGUCGUUUGUAUGCGGGACUAAAUGGAAACUGUCCCGCAUGAUGCAAGGCCAGAACCUGAGCGACGCAGACAAGCAGGAGGUCUGCGACGGAAUUAUGCUGCAGCUGCAUCAAGGACUAGGUGCUAGACUCAUGGCCGGACGAGGAUCACCAUCCAAGGAUGACGUGACGCGAGCAAUGUGCUGGCUCCUCGACAAGAAGUUAGUACGGCGGAAGAUCUAUGCUGAUUCCGGCCUGGAAAACUUGUCCCUGGAGGAGUGGACUUGCUUGCAGAAGUCCGGGCGGGUUGUCACCAUCCUGCCGACCGGAGCACCUGUGUACAUGCUUGAGCGUCGCUUCCUGACGAUCAAGAUGUUGCGCAAAAGGCUGCGCCGCAUUCCUGCUUUCAUGCACCUCCCGCUGGAGAUUCUCUUGAACGAGAUUCAUGAGUGCUUGGCAAAUUUGCCCAGUGCGGGAAAGCAAGGAAGGACAGCGAGCAUGGAGCUCUGGGGGAUCGAGGAAAGUAGUCCGGAAAUGAUCUGCCAUCCUGAUGACGUGGCUGUUCGCGGCUUCGGCGGAGAUCAGGGCUUUUACAACAUCCAGCGCCUUAGCGAGGCACGUAUCCGCAUUUGGUCGGGAGCGCUGGCUUUGUUGUCUGGUCCCGCUUUCAUCAAUGCGGUUGAGAAGAUUUUAGCCGGAUGUGCAGCACGGGCUAGAAUCGACAACGAUGAAAGCUUCGACAUCGGCAGGCGAGCAAACAUGUAUCAACCGAAAAUGAAAGAGGGCGCGGCGGUUACAGUCGUCGAUAAGGAGGUCAGUAAAGGAGCUGGGGGCGUUGUUUUUACCGUGAAAGGCAAGAAGGGUUUUAGCACCGUGAGCCCAAAUAUGAUCACUCCAAUAAUCCACUACGGCCAGUACCUUGAUCCGAUUCUUGAUCGAAUUUCUCCUCUGCAGCGUGAAGAUUUCCAAGUUGGAGGUAAGAUGUAGGAUGCACAGCGUAAGUACGAAACCGAAAGAGAAGAGUACGAAGCGGAGCUACGAGUUCCGACGCAGGCGUCUACGCAUGAAGGCGGUGAACCUUUCUGGGUUCCUUCAUCCAUCCCCCCGGGUGGGGACCGUUCGAAAAGCCGAAAACUGGACAUCAUGCGCGAGCAGAUUGAGGACGAAGGAGAAGAGAUGGAUCAGCUCCAGGACGCCGAGGGGAGUUUGAAUCUCAAUCCUGCUGAUGAUGUUAAGGAAGAUGAGGGACCGGCGGAAGAAGAGGAUGGUCUUUUUGUUGGCGCAAGCCAAGAACUCACCGAGAUGGUGCAUGCUGCUAACGAGAAACGAGGAGACUUCAUCCGCAACACAACUUGGAGUAACCUCUUCAGCGCCGAGCCUACUCUUCCCACCGACAGUGAACCAGAAGAAAUUCCCAAGGAGUUCGAAGAACUGCGCGAGUUUCUGAAAUUCCCGUCGAGAAAGAAUCGGAGAACCAUCAGCAAGGUCUUGCAGCAGACACCAGCGGGAGUGCUGAAGGAUGCGCAAGUGAUCCAGCAGAUGAUCGAGCAUACGCUUUUCCCGAAGUGCGAAGGCGUGCGGCUAACACCUGCUGCGCUUGAGGUCUACGAUGAAUUCGUGGAUCCUGUCUUCCGUACUGGACUGCAGCACCCGGAAGCGCAGAGCGAGCAUCUGAUCGUCUGGAACAGCGAGAAGGUUGAUUUUGUCGACAGCAAGGAGAAGUGGGAGAAACUCGGACGAGGAAAGAUCUUGAGAGUAGUAAUGUGGCGACUGCUACCUCUCGAGUCUUACGAGUCUCUCGGGCUGAUAAGCAUGCUUGACAAACGAGCAUCCCGGCAUUCGGAAGUCAUCCGAAAGAUUAUUGCUGCGCUCAAAUUCGCGGAUUGCGAUCCCACCUUUAUCGAAAGUCCUACCGGACUCGGAGUGCCAGCGGUAUUGGUGAAGGCGCACGUGAAGGAGUGGGCGGGACUCUUCAAACAGGACCUGACUGCUACCUACAAACAAGCCUGGGAUGCUGUGUGCUGACGAACGCGUACUGCCGAGCCGCGCGAUUGUUGAUUUGAAACUAGUUACACCGUUUCACUUCAAAACUGCAAUCCGGCUGGUACCCGGGGGACACAAAUCCUCCGUGUCAGCAAGCGCAGAAAGCCCCACGAUCGGCGAAUAUGAUCUGAGCCUCAUGAUCAAUUCGCUGCGAUACGUGCGUGGCAAGCGGGUUUUGAAAAGUGGCGACGUACCACGGGCAUUCUUGCGGAAUUUGAAACUUCGCGAGGAAAACAGACCGCGCCUCCAGUUUCCCCAGAACCUCCAUUCCGAAGAAGUUUUGAAAACAAACUCUCCGCAGCGAAUUCGGAAUAGGAAAGGAAACCAUCUUCGUAAUGAGGAUCAGCCUGUAUGGGCUGUGGGAGGCGGCGUUGCUCUGGUGCCGGACGAUAAGCCAGCUUUUGGAGAGCAUCGGGUACAAGAUGAGUCCGGACAGUCCCUGUGUUUUUGUUCGCGGCCGGAACAAAGUGUGUCUGCACGUUGGCGACCUUUUGUUCGGAGGGGCGGGAGGAAUCCGAAUGGAAGCGACUGGCGGAACACCUCCGCAAGCGUUUCGAAUUGGAAACGUGGAAUGAUGCUGAAGCGGGACUGAUUUACACGGGCACUCACGUGAAACACGACGCCGAAAGUCAGAAAGUAAAAACCGACACGCAGCACAAGAUCGACGAGUUGGCCGAGAUCAACUUCAGUGCCACGCCGACAGAGCAACUCUCGCCGGAGUUUGUGACGAAGCUCAAGGGCGCAAGGGGAAGUUUGCUUUUCAUCGCCCGAAGGCACGUCGAGUGCAAGUUUCCCACCAGGUCGAUGGCGCUCGGGGCGGACGAGUUGAAAGCCUACGAGUGGAUAACGGGAACCAGCGGCAUUAUCCAGAGGCUGAAAGACGAGACCAGCGGAAUAGUGUUCGAUUUGUCAUACGAAAAAGAAGCGCUGGCGAUGAUGCCAGGCGCUUCUUUGCAACACCCGACCGCGAAGGAAGCUGCAGCUUUGGCGAAAGAGCAGGAAGCACGCGCUGCUGAUGAGUUCGACGCUCGACCGGAGUGGGUGUUUUCCAACGAAGAGCUGCAAGAACGACGAGAAUUUGCUGCAGGGCUGACCGAGGGCAUCGCGCGCGCUGACUCGCUCGAGCAGGCGUUUGCCAUGAUGCAGAAGUCCGAAACCGAGAGGAGAAAACGCAAGCGGUAUGCUGCCGUCGUCAUUCCUACCAAUGAAGACGACAAAACAACAGCAGCUGCGAUCCGCAUGCGGCCGGUUCUCGGGCAUCUCCUCGCGUCUCUCUCCGCUGAUGAUUUUGAAAAUUAUCUCAAGAAGCAAAAAGCGGUGAAGAGGGUGCCGACGCUGCGCGAGUGCGAUGGACUAGAGAAGGUGUCCAUCCGCUGUAGUUAUCUGGGAUCAGAUGCGAUUUUCUUCUCUACAGCGAAGGGCUCGUCAUACGCGGCUGAGGUGGAGGCGAUCGCUGAGUGUUUCCCCAUCCUGGAGAUGGUGCUGAGGAAAUAUUUCGCUUGGCGGAUCUCUGCUCGCUCCUUCAUCCUCUCUGACAGCAAAAGCGCAAUCACCAGGAUUUUGUCGAAGUCAGUGACUUCCAACGCGGAUGCGGACGUGUUCAAACCGUUAGCGAAGGUAAAAGACGCCUUUUUCCGCUCGGAAUGGCAAAUCGGGUCAAUUACCGAUCGGGCCAAUCCUAGUGAUGUGCUGACAAAAACGGCCACGGGAUACAAGAUGCAGGAAUUCCUGUCCCUGCUUUCCGGGCGUUUCAACGUGCCAAUCGCGCAGAUGUACGUCUUCGACAGAAAAUACACUUGGGAGAAGCCCCUCAAGCAGACGGAGACGAUGAUCUGAAAACUGCUUCUUCGACAAAAACAACAGCCGAAGCUGGAACGAGAACUAGGAGGCGGGCCUAUGGUCACCUACCCGACGCUGCGGAAACGGAGCAACCUCCUGGAACAAGGACCAGUCUUCACAAAAAGCCGAGCUGUGAACGUGUGCAACCUUUUCUCUACCUCUGCUUCUGCGACCGAAUUUUUCUUGAAACGGGCGGCGCAGAUUCUACAGGUCUCGUUUCGCAUAAAAUGAGCCAGCACGUUUAGAAAUCAGGAAAACGACCGCGAGUACUACUAGCCGUUUUCUUCCCGACAUGGGCGAUGAGUAAGUCAACAACCAGUUUUGUCCAGUCCUAUCAGCAGUAAUCUCGACGCGAGUUCUGGGGACUCGGAAGUUGACCAUGCCGCCAGCAGUAAGCAACAUUCAAAGCGAACUCUUUUUGUUUCCUCUUGUUUUUGCCGAUUUUCACGCGAGCAAGUUGAGUGUUUCGAAAAUUUUGAAUUUGUUUCUGAACGACGCGAUUUUGUUUCUUGCGGAACGGUGUUAGAAAGAAGACUCCGACCUGGUUACUUCGAAACGGAGAACGGUACGGAGUUACCUCUAGCGCAAAGCCGAUUCCUUUCGCCGAUCAGUUGCGAUUGACGGUUGCUUCUUUUGCGGACAGCAAACCCAUCUUCGAAGAAGAGGAAUACGGGAAUUUUUUGCGUUUGUGCAGCGGGUUUCGCAGCUGGAAUGUUAGAUGAGCCAAAUGUCGUGGAUACCUACCGUAACCACAGCGAAGUCAGGGUGGAGCCGUCACGUGAGAAGAGUCACCCUACUGGAGAGGCGUGUACCAGGGGGCCCCGACGAGUACCCGGACGGAGGAGAGCAAAUCUCUCCACACUUCUUUCUUUUCUCCCCCCCCGGCACUGUGAGUAUCCUCGUUGGAUGUUCGUUUCAGUGCCGGAGAGAUUUGAAAUGAAGUGAGAGACUCGCCGCACGACGAGAGGAAACGGAAUAACUCGGACAAAGUUUUUGUGGGUUGCAAACAGCACAAAUCGGAUUCGUUUGUUUAAGGUUUUACGUUUCAUCACGAGUGCAAAUAAAAAGAGAGCUUUGCUUUCGUCUUCAAUCGUUUUGCUUCUCUUCACCAAAGCACAUCAAUGAGCCCUCUUUUCACCCAGCCUCGUGUGCGUGUGCGUGUGAUGGUAUUCGUGGCUCAAGCCACUAACUUGUUGCAAGCUGUAAGUUGACAAGUCUGAAAAGAAUCAAAAGUAAAUGUCUCCAAUUCGCCUUGGGUGAGUUUUCUCUUCCUCUCAAAACAAAGCCUGUUCCUGCGGCGAAUCACGAGCGGAGUGCGCAAAGAUCUUCGGCGCUGAUCAAGAGCAUUCAGAUCUUGGAUCACCUUAGAAGCACUAUCUUAAAAUGAAGAUGCUCAUACUUU